GUAAGGGUAAAUGUUAUAUGGAAAAGGAAUUUUUAAUAAAGUAAAUGAAUAAGAGGGUGUAUUGUGGAGACUGCGAGAAGAGUUGGUCCAGAAAGGCUGGUUUUGAUGAGCAUUUUAAGCUAACCCAGAUAAAGAGUGGUGAUCGUGGCGGUGCUCUUAUUAAAAACCCAUGUUGUGAACGGAAAAGAAAAGUUUGGAGUUACACGUUAGAAGAGGCCCGAGCCAGCAAGAAACAGAAUUCACAGACUGUGAAUAUAAAAUAGUCACAGGAUUUGCCUCGCUUGAGGGCUAUUGGGCUAACUGCAAAAUUUUUUUGGCUACCUGCAAAAAAACCUAAAUAUACAGGCAUGCCCAACGGAGAACACAUUCUUUUGUAUAAUCGGAACUUGCCUGCCAGCAAAAUAGGCAUAAACAGGACAUGGGGUUCAAACUGUCCAGUUUACUAAUCAUUGCAAACUAAUCUUAUGCAGGAAGAAUCUGGUAUAACUCUGAAUACAGUCGACAGUGUUGAGGGAUUUGUGACGGAAAUCAACAACGGCCAUUGGGAUACAGUGCUUCAAGCUGUACGUCAACCUCUGAAAUUACCUGACAAAACUCUUAUUGAGCUUUAUGAACAGGUAGGAAAAACUCAGUUUGAAAACUCAACAUCGGUUGAAUAGGUUUUCAAAAAACAAUUCAACCAAUGUUGGUCUGGGAACAAACCUGAAAAAAAUGAAAAGCAGGGAAAAAAUCAGAAGAAAAAAACUGUUCGAAAACUCGGUAAUAUUGAAAAAAAAUGUUAAUAAUUCCACAUACCGUAAACCUCCGACUAUAAGCCCCUACCUCCCCGAAUAUAAGCCCACCACAUACUAACGCUCACCUCAUUCCAAAUAUAAGCCCCCCCCCCACCGAAUAUAAGUCCCCUGAAUAUAAGCCCAGUGGCCCACUACGUUAUUCAGCAUUGACAGUGUCUUUUAAUAUAGCAGAGAACAAUAUUUAAAAACAUUGUCAUUGUCUUUAUAGCUUACAGUAUGUUAAUCAAUGCGUGUUAUUAACACAUGUUUAUUUUCCUGUUUAUGACCGACUUGUUUAUUACUAACACAAAAGAUCGUCCAUGUAUUAGCCCCCCCCCCCUUGCAUAAGGCCAUCAAAAAUCGCCCAGGGCUCAUAGUCGGAGAUUUACAGUAUUUGUGCACAUGCUUGAUUAGUUGAACAGAAGGCAGAUGUCUGUGAAGACAUGUAGAUACAAAAAUAUUUUUUCUGUUUUUUUUCCCUGAACCAAAUGAAAGUAUUUAAUACCUGAACUUAUUUAACUGAAUGGAAAUUAAUUUCUCUCCCAAAUAAGAGGGCAGAAGGAAAUUAGAUAAUAUUUCAUCUAUUAUUGAGUACAUUUUGUUUUUCCAACCAUGAAAGAACGACACUUGACAGCCUAAUGGCUAAUGUUGCAUGCUUCAUUUAGAUUGUGCUUGAAUUAAUUGAGCUUCGUGAACUUGGUGCUGCCAGAUCAUUACUUCGUCAGACAGAUCCAAUGAUUAUGUUAAAGUCGCAACAACCUGAUAGAUACCUACAUUUGGAAAACUUACUGGCAAGAUCUUAUUUUGAUCCAAGGGAGGUGAGUGGCCAUGAAUGUUAUUGUGGAAUUUAUAGCUACGGAUAGGUGAAUGUGACUACCACAGUUCGCUGCAAGGCCAUUGUCAAGGAACUGGCCAUGAAAUGUAAAGAUUUAGUUCAUUUAAGUUGUGCUGUUUUUCUUGCAGGCAUACCCUGAGGGAAGUAGUAAAGAACGAAGAAGAGCCGCAAUUGCCCAAGGUAUUGCCUUAGAAAGUUACUAGGAAAUUAAUCCGUAGAAACCGAUAAUCUGCAACUUUCAGGCAGAUCGGUUAUCGGCUAAUCACAUUGAUAAAUAUUACCAUGUACCGGCCGUCCAAUAAAUAUAAUUCUGGCUUUUACUUGUGAUAUUUACUCUUCUGUGUCAAGAAAAACUAUGUGGGUUUGUCAAACAGAUUCUCUUUCAUAAAGGAACUGUCAGAUCUACUUACGCUGGUAGUCAUUUACCAGGAUACUUUUCCGAAAUAAAUUGAUUACCGCUGUUAGUUGAGUCAAUCUCUUCCUCGACUAUCGUAACGACAUUUCGAAUCUCUGUAAAGAACGGAAACCGAAACGACCGAAUCCGGAAAUGACCGAAAGCGGAAACGACCGAAACCGGAAAUUCCCGCCUAAAUUUCCCGCAUAACGAAUAAUUAUAUUGUUGACGCUCGAUCGCUGGCAUUUAGAUAAAUAUCGUCCGAAAGUAAGGUUGUAUACUAUUUAACUGCUGACAAUUUUGUAAAUUAUUUAAUAAUCUUACUGCAUAUUAUUAACUUUCUGAACAAUGCCGGUUCAUGCCGGUUUUGUUUAAUUUAAUAAAAACGAUAUUGCAUUUACUUUCUCAUUUGACAUACGAUACAGCUUCCACUAAAAUGGCACGCUCUUGAUUUUGAAAAAAAUUACUGAAUACAUCCUCAUUUAUCUGACUGCAUUUUAAUAGCUUCAAAUAUUCAGAACAUUGUUCUUUCAAUCACAAGUAGUACAAGUAUUAUUGCAUUCAAUGGUAGUAUUUUAUUUGACUUUUAAUUUGUAUGUGUAUUGAUUAACUAGUAAUGUAUUAUCUGCAGCCUAUAUUUAAUAUAUUGUGCGGCUUCCUAAUGCUUCGUAUUGUUAUAUACAUUUCUUUAUCCUGAUGAUGAUUGAAAUAUUGUCGAAACGUUGGUAAAUAUAAAAAUGUUAUCGAUCUUUGGAGUUUACACACUUCCUUUAUACAUUUCGUCCUACAUUUCACGCCCUGCGUCAAUUUGAUAGUUGACAGUCUUUAUUAUAAGGGAUGAAUGAAUAAAACGCAUGGUUCAGUGCAGGCUCACAUUUCUACCAGUAAGCCUGCUAGCAGGCUGAAUUUUAGGCAAUGCAGGAAAUUGGGCGGGAAUUUCCAGUUUCGGUCGUUUCCGGUUUCGGUCGUUUCCAGAUUCGGUGGUUUCGGUUUCCGUUCUUUACAGAGACCCCGACAUUUCUGUUACUGGCCUGUUAACUUUUGUAAUAUUUUGCUAGCAUUUUGCCCCAAUUUUGAGUGUUGGAAAUUCCUGUUAACAAAUAUCAGUAACCACAGAUAAAUCGGUUUCCUUUACUUCCCAGCUUUAUCCGGUGAGGUGUCGGUGGUUCCACCAUCUCGCUUGCUAGCUCCGCUUGGUCAGGCAUUGAAAUGGCAACAGUAUCAAGGACUACUACCUCCUGGUACUUCCAUUGAUAUGUUCCGAGGCAAGGCAGCUGUACGCGACGAGGAAGAGGAAAAAUAUCCAACACAUCUCAAUAAAACUGUCAAGGUAAUUAUGGAUUUGACAAAUUUAAAAUUGAUUAUGCAUAUGACCAAUGUUAAAUUGGUUACAGAUUUGACCGAUUUUUAUUGGUUAUUUUGGGUCAUUCAACAUUGAGUGACCAAAAGAAAUUAGAUUUACCAUUUGAAGUUGGUUAAAAAUGCAACCAAUUAUGUAUUGGUCGGAAUGACCAAUACUGAAUUGGACAUUUUAACCAAUUUGUUUUUAUUGUGAAUGCCGUAUUUUUGUUUUGUAAGGUUAUGGACAGGGUGCAAUAAUACACCCUUCCGGAAAGGACCCCCCACUCAUUUGGGUACAGUACACCACUGAUCUUGUGAACAUUUAUAGAAUAUUUCUCUAUACAUAAAUGUCCUAGUUUGGUUCGAAAUCCCAUCCAGAAUGUGGUUUGUUCUCGCCCGAUGGACAGUACUUGGUGACUGGUAGUGUCGACGGUUUUAUCGAGGUCUGGAAUUUUACGACGGGAAAAAUAAGAAAAGACUUGAAAUAUCAAGCACAGGUAGGUCCAGGGUAAAUGAACAAAUAAUAGAGAGUUUAAGCUUCGCGUUAUACGUCAAACGGCAAACGCCAGACAAAGAAAAAUUUUACGGUAUCAGGCAA